CCCGGACAUGGGCGUUCGGCUGCCCCGGGGCGUGCUGGUGCCUGCGGGAGGGCGCCCGGAGGAAAGUUCCUUCUUCCCAUGAGCUUCGCCUGCUCCCGGCGCGGGGCGCUCGCCAUGGACACUGUGAAAACCACUUACAUCGUGCUGGAGCUCAUCAUCGCCGUGCUCUCCAUCGCUGGCAACGUGCUGGUCUGCUGGGCCGUGGCCAUCAACAGCACCUUGAAGAACGCCACCAACUAUUUCCUGGUGUCGCUGGCCGUGGCCGAUAUCGCCGUGGGGUUGUUGGCCAUCCCCUUCGCCAUCACCAUCAGCAUCGGCUUCCAGGUGGAUUUUCACAGCUGCCUCUUCUUCGCCUGCUUCGUGCUGGUGCUGACCCAGAGCUCCAUUUUCAGCCUGCUGGCCGUGGCCAUCGACAGGUACCUGGCUAUCAAGGUCCCCCUGAGGUACAACAGCCUGGUGACCGGCAAGCGGGCGAGGGGACUCAUCGCAGUGCUGUGGCUGCUGUCCUUUGGGAUUGGACUGACCCCUCUGAUGGGCUGGCACAAAGCCAUGAGCGGCUGUCCCAACGCCACCAACGAGACAGGGACGGAGCCCCAGGGCUGCUUCAUCUCGUGCCUCUUUGAGAACGUGGUGACCAUGAGCUACAUGGUCUACUUCAACUUCUUCGGCUGCGUGCUGCUCCCGCUCGUCAUCAUGCUGGGGAUCUACAUCAAGAUAUUCAUGGUGGCCUGCAAGCAGCUGCACCAGAUCGAGCUGAUGGGCAACUCCAGGACCACCCUGCAGAAGGAGGUGCACGCAGCCAAGUCUCUGGCCAUCAUCGUGGGCCUUUUUGCCUUCUGCUGGCUGCCCCUGCACAUCCUGAACUGCAUCACGCACUUCCACGAGGGCUUCUCGCGCUCCAAGCCCGAGUGGGUGAUGUACGUGGCCAUCAUCCUGUCCCACGCCAACUCCGUCAUCAACCCCAUCAUCUACGCCUACAGGAUCCGGGAAUUCCGCUGCACCUUCCGCAAGAUCCUCUCCAAGAUCCUCUGCAAGGCCCAGGAGCUCCCCAAGUGUCCCUCAGAGCACAACCAGCACCUGACUGCCAUCAACAUCAGCUCUCCUGCAGCCUCAGUGACCGUGUGAGCCCGGCCCUGCUGCCCUGGCACUGCCCUGCCCUGCCAGGAGCUCACACAUGACCACUAUGGACUCGUGCAGCUCUGGGUUUAUUUUUAUUUUUAUUUUUGUAAUUAACGUCGUGCCUGGCAGAGGAGUGACCUGAGCGGGGACACUGAGUGCAGCUCGCUCUCCUCUGCAGCCCCUGGGGCUGUGAUCCCGUUGUUGUGUUCCCUUUCCAGCUGUUCCCAUUCCACGUUGGACACUGACUGGGGAAGACUCACCUGCUGGGGGGGUGUUUCCCCAAUUGUGCUGCUCAUGUCAAGUCAUAGGAUCUUUAUUUUAAUUAUUAUUAUUAUUAUUUUUUAAUAUUUGGAUUCAUUUAGGAGUAAUAAUUUUGUGUCUGUUUUUUGAGUUGUUCUCCAAGUUCAUACUUGACAGCACUUUGGUAAUACCCUAAUUAUUCCAUCAAUUGUUUGAUGCAGCUUGUAUUCUCUGAUGGGAAAAAGUCUUACUUAGCCCAGUUGCUGGUGUGAAACUCAAUCUGUGUUCCAGGCACUGAGGGGAGGGACUGUGAGGAUGGGAAAACCAGGUCAGGACUGGCCAGCCCAGCAUGGAAACCCCAUUUAUUGAAAGGUUUGAGAAAAGACUUCACCAAGGUUUUACUGCCUUGAAAUCACUUUGGUUCACAGGGCUGUGCAGCCCAGGUUUGCUUCCAGAUCUGUUUGCAGCUAUCAAAGUGCAGGAAGUGCCCCAAUGGUCCUGGCUGCUCUGAACCAGAGCCACCAAGGCCAGUGUCCCUCUGCCUUGGGGACAUGAGCCCCACAGUUGGGUUUUUGCUCUGCCAGCCUUGCAGAGCUUCCACAAGUGCAGGUUUUAGCUGUGAGAGGUGGAUGCU